AUGACAGAUACCUCCUCCCUCGCCAUCACGCACGCCACCACGGAUCCGUAUCCGGUCUCCGUCCCUGCUUCUCUGGGAUCCCCCAUCGCCAACGGGGCAAUCUCUGACUCGGUCGCGCCCGACGAAGAAGAACCGUACACCAUCAAAUGCAUCUGUUUAUUUGAUGAGGAUGAUGGCAGCACGGUUUUCUGCGAGGGGUGUGAGACGUGGCAGCACAUCAUCUGCUAUUACCCGGACAAGCGGGUACCGGAUGUGCACAACUGCGUCGACUGCGAGCCUCGCCAGUUGGAUGCCCGGCGCGCUGCUGAGCGUCAGCGCCAUCGGCGGAUCCGAGAGCAGAGUGAGGACGGUGACCGGAAGAAGCGAUCUGGUACAAAAUCCCAGAAGAAAAAGGUCCGGGAUGGCGACGUGAAUGGUUUUGGACAUCAGCGAAGCGAGUCGGGGGCUCGCGAUCAACCCCCAGCCAAAAAGACCAAAACUGGUCACCGAUCCUCUGCAUCGAUCAGUGCCCUCGCGGGUACACCGGUCCUUCCCGCCGAGAGCCGAAAACGCCGUUCGUCGACCUCUGUCGCCCCCAGUCCUACCAAACCUCCCGCUCCUUCUAUUCCCCUGUACUCCAACGAAUUCCUCCGUCUCUAUGACCAUGAUGAUGAACGUGUCGACAUGGACAGCAACCUCUUCCACAAUGUGAACCUCCUGAGUGAUACCGCGUCAUGGGUCAAGGAUCCGGAGGCCCUGUCUCGGGUGACUAAUGGAGGUGCUGAGAAUACUUUCAACCGGUCCGAUGCCGCCCUCGAUAAAUCUCGCUGGCCCACGUUAACAACCGAUACCAUCACUGAUGCAACGGUUGACAUUGGCGGCAGACACCCAACCUGGAAAGUCGUCAAAACUCGGGAUGCGGUGCAAAAAGACCAUGUCGUUGGCGAAAUCACAGGCAAAGUCGGCAUUUUUGACGACUAUUGUCUGGAUCCCAAUAACCGUUGGCCCGAGCUCCGUCACCCCGAGCCCUUCGUUUUCUUCAGCUCCCACUUGCCUCUUUACAUCGACAGCCGCCAUGAAGGCAGUAUUCUUCGUUACACCCGCCGGUCAUGCCGCCCCAACGUGACCAUGAAGAUCUUCAUCACCAACGAUGUGGAAUAUCACUUUUGCUUUGUUGCAAAGGAGGACAUUCCUGCGAAUUCCGAAAUCACGAUCAUGUGGUAUCUGGAUUCUCAGUUCUUCGGGUCCGCAAAUGGCCUGGUCAAGCAAGAGGAUAGUGCGACGGAAGCCCCGGCUAUCUGUAUCAGCAAUACCCUCGCGAAUUUUGGCGGGUGCGCGUGCGAUCAGCCAAAUUGCCUCCUUGCCAGCUUGGACCGGCGACGAAACCCAAAGUUGCUCGAGUCCUCUAAACAAACAAACGGCAAACGCAAAAAGGCGAAAUCAAAGUCGGUUGCCUCCCCACUUGACACGGGGCGUGGGUCCACUAGUCGCGCAGGAAGUGAGACUACCAAACAUCCAGAAGAGGAUGAUGUAGCGGUCGACAGUCGUUCUACUUCUGGCUCAGUGCGUGGUCAACCUCGUAGCCGCGAUCUCAGCCCUACGACGGCUGGUCUCUCGGAACUUUCUACCCGUGAGAAGCGAAAAAUUGCAGACGCCGAGAAGCAGUUCCAGCAACUGGAACAACAAGACCAUCGUCCAACGACUCAGCGAAAGAAGAAGCGGGUAAGUGGGCCACUAGCUCAAUCACCUGCGGCGGUUUCGACUGCCACGCAAGCGGGGUCUUUUGCGACUCACCGCGGCUCAACAAAAUCGCUGCAUCUCGACACCGUUGGUCGCUCUCGCUCACCCACCACCGCGAUGUCUCCUGGUUUUGUUGCCGCCGGUCGUCAGGGAUCGCCUCGCAAGACCUCUGGGUCUAACACUCCCUUUGCCCACUCUCCUCUCAGCCGUCCUACUUACGUUGACUCGGCUAUCCAGUGUGACAUGGAUGAAGUGGAGUAUCAAGCAGCCCGCGAAGCGCUUCCUCAACCUCGUCCUGCUUUUGUCCCAAGAACUGUCCGAAUCCUCCAGCGGUUCAAAGCAGAUCGUCUUCGAGCUCAGGAGCUUGCACGUCAACAGCUAUCUUCGGCUGGCUCGGAUUCCGCCGUCACUGCUGGAUCCUCAUCCCCAGCUCUCAUCAACUCUCCCAUAACGAAGCAGGAGAAGUCUGAUGUCAUCAUGUCUGAUGGUAUUCCUCCCGAGUUGCCUCAUCAGGCAGAUGUUGAGAUGCAGGAUGUGACCCGUCCCUUUUACUCCGACAGUGUUCAGACAGACGCUAGCAAGCCAGUGAUUCCACCUCCAUGGCCAUCUACUGCUGCACACAACACCCGACUCCCCGGUGUCACUACUCCAGAGCGCGCCAACCUCCGCGUCUCCAUGCCUCCACCAAGCAUCCCCAACGUCUCCGCCACUGGGAGCCCUGGCUCGAUGUCUGCUGCCAGCCUCGCCUCUCCCAUCACCGUCGACACAUCUCCCCACGCUACUGUUCCUCCACCUAGUGCAAUUGCACCGACUCCGACCCCAGCCAAGAAGAAACUCAGUCUUGGUGAUUAUCUGAUUCGACGAGGUACCAUGGCAACUCCAACAUCUGAGAAGACCCAAAGCUCGGUCCAAGCCAACGCCGUACCCUCCACUCUGAAAUCACCAUCGAUUCCAGGCUCAGGGCCCACAACCAGCGCAGAUGGGGCCCAGACUCCAACUAAACCGUCUCCGGAUGGCAAGUCAGAGUCUCUUGGGUCGCCUGAUGUAGCGAUGAAAGACGCGCCAGAAUCAAUCCAGCCACGCAUUCCUUCCAUUUCUUCGUGA